GGUACUUGGUAGUUGGUAGUAUUAUGAAUUGGAGGAAAAAAUAAUUGCUUAGAUUCCUUUGUUCUCGAUAAUAAUAAAUCUACAAGACAACGAACCCUAAUUUGAUCUCAUCCAAGUUCGUGGUUUUCUUCGAUUCAUCAUCAUCUGUGAAAACCCUGAUGUGUUGAGGCACGUGAAGGAUGGCAGACUUACCAGGUUAUCUCCUAACCUGUCUGUAUUCUGGGAGACUUGCUCUUUUGGCUAUUUUGGUGUCUGGAGGGAUUGUAUUGCAAGUACUAGCAUGUGUCUUGUACAAUAAUUGGUGGCCAAUGCUAACAGCAUUGAUGUAUGUGAUUAUCCCCGUACCGUUGAUAGUAUUUGCUGGAUCGGAUACUUCUGCUCUCUUUGCUACGUCUGAAAACAGUUGGGUGGAUGCAACCAAGUUCUUGACCGGAGCUUCAGCAGUAGGCAGCUUCGCCAUUCCUAUAAUCUUGAAGCAUGCCGGCAUCAUUACAUGGGGUGCAUUUGCAAUGGAGCUUUCGUCGCUGCUUGUGUUUGCCACCGCCAUAUUUUGUUUCGUUGGACUGAACAGUGACGAGGGAGGAGGGUACAGUAUGAUUUAAUCCAAGUCAUGAUCGUGUCGGUGUUUAAAUAUCAAGAAAAAGAUCAGGUUUCUAUGGUGGGAUAUCGAGUCGUUUCGAGCUUGGGCUUGUUUAAAUUGUAAAUUUAUUGACAGCAUUGUAUUCUUUUGUACUUGCAGCAAGUGAAACAUAUCUUCUUUCUAGCACAGGCCUUUUCCUUUUCCAGAUAUGAAUUUGCCAAAUCCAUAUUUGGGUUAUUUUUGGGACGGAAAAAGGUCUGCUUUGAUGAAUUUCUGUUUAUGGUUUCCAUUUGUUUUUUCUUUUAAAUUGUGAACUUGAAUCUUAGUUUUUGAACAUAUUGAAUAGAUGGAGAUAUUAUUUGCAUUC